AGAUGGACAAGAGCAAAAAGGAGGAAGCCAAACUCGAGGCCGAAGAGGUCUUCUGGGAAGGUCCUCCUUCCUCCACAGAGAUGUUCGCGCCCUUCUUUUCCUGCUUCGUGGUGAUCGGGCCUGGAACCACUGCUUGAAGGCAUGAAAAAGGUCCCCAAAGACAGGAAAACGGUUUUACUAUGUUUAUUGACACGUUCGUACGAAGAACAAAGCAAUGUCUUCGUCAUUCUUCCAAUGAUGCUGCUUCCGAGGAUCAUCCCUUUCAUCGCUGCAGUGAAUCGGCAAUUUCGUGUGAAGUACAAGAUCACAAACAAGCGAGUUUCAGUGACAGGAGGCUUUGAUGGCAAAGACAUCACAGAGUUCUCCUACCAGGAAAUCUAUGAAAUGAAGUAUGGCCAGCGCUGGUUUGGCUACUGUGCUGAUAUGAGGAUCAACCUCCGCGACGGCGCCAAAGUGGAGCUGUUUGGACUGCUGAACUUCGAGGAGAACUACAACUUCAUGCUUUCCAAGUGUGACAAGGACGCGCGGAAGAGAAGUGAUCCUCCGCCACCUGUAUCGAAUUGAUUUGAAAUUCUUGGAAGCAAACCUAGAAGCAAUGGCCUCCAAGAAAGGUUUCACAUACUUUCGCUUCACUGCCGGUGUAAUUCUUGCGGUUUUUGCGAAGCCGCAAACCGGGCAAACCCUUGUGAGGCCGUCGAUAAUGGUUUAGGGCUUAGGGAGACAGGACACGGCAAGGCAGCCAAAGCAGUUCUGAC